AUGGCUCCUUUUGAGAAAUCCAUGGAGAUGAUGCCCUUCAAGCAGAGGAAAUGCCUCGAAACAAGAAAAGAUGAAGUGUGCAGCAUUCGGUCUAAAUUUCCCAACAAGUUGCCUGUGAUUGUCGAACGUUACAUCCGUGAAAAGACCCUCCCCCUUUUGGACAAGACAAAGUUCCUGGUUCCCUUUGAGCUCACGUUGGGUCAGUUCCUCUGUCUGCUCAGAAAUAAGAUCGACCUGGACUCGACCCAGGCUCUGUUUCUUCUGGUGGCGGAGAAGAGCAUGUCCUGUAUGUCCUCCAGCAUGCGGGAGGUCUACUCCCGCUACAGCGACCUCGACGGCUUCCUCUACAUCACCUACGCCUCGCAGGAGAUGUUCGGGGCACCUCAACCAGCAGCCAGGCCGCCCUGCUGA